GUUAAAGUUUCAGUUUUAGGCCCAAAGUUGUGGAACAAGUCUCAAUUGGGAGUGUGCUGUGAUUACGCAAACCUCUCUUCCAUUCCUUCUCUUUAAUAUCGCCGUUUCGCCGCCGCCGCCGCCGCCCGAGUCCCAAAUUCUGUCAUCGACUCGCCGGAGUAAACCACCAGGCGAGUAGGUGACCACCGUUCGUUCACUAACUUCCACAUUCGUGUACGAACCUCCAACCACGACAAACAGACGAGUAGAUAUUGAAAGCUCGCCGUCGUCGCCGAUUGAACGAGAACACUGCUCCGGUACAACGGCGAACGAAUCAGUCACUCAACAUCUCUAAACCCAUUGAUUCUCGAAUCCAGGUUUGAUCUGGAUCUCACUGGUGAUAAGAAAACCUGUAAACAAUUAUAAUGGGGUACGCACAACUAGUCAUUGGUCCUGCAGGAAGUGGGAAGUCAACUUACUGCUCUAGCUUGUACCGACACUGUGAAACCAUGCGCCGUACAAUUAAUAUUAUAAACCUUGACCCUGCUGCCGAAAACUUUGACUAUCCCGUUGCUGUUGAUAUCAGGGAACUUAUUAAUUUAGAGGAUGUUAUGGAAGAACUAGGGUUGGGUCCAAAUGGGGGUUUGAUUUACUGCAUGGAAGAACUUGAAGAUAAUCUUGAUGACUGGCUUACUGAAAAGCUAGAUGAUUUCUUGGAUGAUGAUUAUUUGGUUUUCGACUGUCCUGGGCAAAUUGAACUCUUCUCUCAUGUUCCUGUUCUUAAAAACUUUGUGGCACACUUGCAGCGUAAGAAUUUCAAUGUCUGUGUUGUUUAUCUGCUCGAUUCACAGUUCAUGACAGAUGUUACCAAGUUUAUUAGCGGUUGCUUGUCCUCUCUCUCUGCAAUGGUACAGCUUGAAUUGCCCCAUGUUAAUAUCAUGUCAAAAAUGGACCUUGUAAAGAACAAGAAAGAUCUUGACGAUUUCUUGAACCCCGAGCCACAUAUGUUACUGUCACAAUUGAAUCGUCGAAUGGCUCCACAGUUUGAGAAGUUGAACAAAGCCUUGAUUGAUCUGGUAGAUGAGUACAGUAUGGUGAGUUUCAUCCCUCUUGACUUAAGGAAAGAUGACAGCAUACAGUAUGUGUUGUCACAGAUUGAUAUGAGCAUCCAGUAUGGAGAAGAUGCAGAUGUGAAGGUGAAAGAUUUUGAUAUAGAUAGCGACGGUGAUGAAUAGUUGCAGCUUUCUCUGUUCUGUUCAGGAUGAAUGUUGAUUCUAUCUGCAGUCUCCCAGGUUUCAGUUUUUGCUGUAAAGCUGACUUAUUUGUUAAAUGGAUUUUCCUACAUGUUUCCAUGCCAUAACUUUGAUGAAAAGAGAAGGAUAUAUCAUAUUUGUGAGUGCUUCUGAAUUAUUUGAGUGA